AUGACGUCGGAGCGUUCUCGAAUCCCGUGUCUCUCGGCUGCUGCUGCCGAAGGAACAGGGAAAAAGCAACAAGAAGGAAGAGCAAUGGCGACACUGGAUCGCAAAGUGCCCAGUCCGGAGGCGUUUCUGGGCAAACCCUGGUCCUCCUGGAUCGACGCCGCCAAAUUACACUGCUCCGACAAUGUAGAUUUAGAAGAGGCUGGAAAAGAGGGUGGAAAAAGCAGGGAGGUUAUGAGGCUUAAUAAAGAAGAUAUGCACUUAUUUGGCCAUUACCCAGCACAUGACGACUUCUAUCUCGUAGUGUGCAGUGCCUGUAAUCAGGUCGUCAAGCCACAGGUUUUCCAGUCGCACUGCGAGAGAAGACACGGUUCUAUGUGCGGGCCUUCGCCCUCGCCAGCAUCUCCGGCCUCCAACCCCAGGACGGCUCUAGCACAGGUGAAGACCAAAGCCUGUGUCAGCGGCCAUAGCUCUGCCAGCAGCACCUCAAAGCCAUUCAAAACGCCCAAAGACAAUCUCCUUACCUCCAGCAGCAAGCAGCACACAGUCUUUCCUGCUAAGGGAUCAAGGGAUAAACCAUGCGUUCCGGUUCCUGUAGUCAGUUUAGAGAAAAUCCCUAACCUAGUGAAGGCAGACGGUGCCAAUGUCAAAAUGAACUCUACAACCACUACUGCGGUGACCUCCUCCUCCGCCACCUCCUCCUCCUCCGCUGCCGCCGCCAGCUCCACCCCACCUUUAAUUAAGCCUGUCCUGAUGUCCAAGUCAGUGCCACCUUCACCAGAGAAGAUCCUAAAUGGCAAAGGAAUUCUGUCGGCCACCUUAGACAAGAAGCACCAAAAUGGCACCAAAAACAGCAACAAGCCUUACCGGAGACUUUCAGAGAGAGAAUUUGACCCAAAUAAACACUGUGGAGUAUUGGAUCCCGAGACAAAGAAACCUUGCACAAGAUCCCUCACCUGCAAGACACACUCGCUAAGCCAUCGGAGGGCAGUCCCAGGCCGGAGAAAGCAAUUCGACCUCCUCCUGGCGGAACACAAAGCCAAGUCCAGAGAGAAAGAAGUCAAAGAGCAUCUCCUGACUUCUACAAGGGAAAUAUUUCCAAGCCAACCUGGGCCGGUGCAGGACUCACUGCCAGGAUCUACAGGGAGCUCGGGGCCAGAACCGAAAGUCGCAUCCCCUGCAAAACCCAGGCCACCUAACUCUGUAAUACCCAGACCAUCAUCUGCAAAUAGCAUAAGCAGCAGUGCGUCCUCAAGUCACAGCGCCUAUACUCCAGAGACCCCUCUGCCCCCGGUCGGAGGCGACCUCGCCAGCCGGCUGUCCAGUGAUGAAGGGGAGAUGGACGGAGCCGACGAACCUGAGAAGUUAGAUUGUCAGUUCUCCACGCACCACCCCAGACCUCUCGCGUUUUGCUCAUUCGGAAGUCGCCUCAUGGGACGAGGGUACUAUGUGUUUGAUAGAAGAUGGGAUCGUUUCCGAUUCGCACUAAACUCCAUGGUAGAAAAACACUUGAAUUCACAGAUGUGGAAGCACAGAAGCCCGAGCCACCGGGCGUCAGGUCCCUCCCCCCUGUUCAGGACUUGCCUAACCAAUCUGCUGUCACUGAGCAACAUUGGGGCUGCCUGGGUGUCAACUCUGGAGAGCGUAGCACCCCGCUGCCCUCUCAGCCUCGCUGCCCAAACCCCAGGCCCCGACGGGCCCGAACCUGGAGGGAUGGCAGCCGAUGGGGGCGUGGAAGACAUUAGGAAGAAAAAGAACGGCCAAGACUCUUUUUUCUUUAACAAGCAUUUAACUCUGCAUCAGGAGACGCCAGCACAGUAUUCUCUUUCAGCCAGGAAGAUCCCUCCUGCGGCAGAUAGCCCCCUGCCCUCGCCAGCAGCCCACAUCUCCACCCCCGUGCCAGCAUCCGUCUUGCAGCCUUUCAGCAACCCCAGUGCUGUGUAUCUUCCUUCAGCUCCCAUCAGCUCGAGACUCACCUCUUCUUACAUAAUGACAUCCGCCAUGCUCUCAGACGCAGCUUUUGUGGCAUCGUCGGACCCACGCGUCCUCAUGUCCCACACCACAGCUUUCCCCCAUGUGGCCGCAACCCUCAGCAUCAUGGACUCAACCUUCAAGGCCCCAUCUGCCGUCUCCCCGAUACCAGCCGUCAUCCCUUCCCCAUCCCACAAGCCAUCCAAAACCAAAACCAGCAAAUCCUCAAAAGUCAAAGACCUGUCCACCCGUAGCGACGAGUCUCCAAGUAACAAAAAGAGGAAGCCGCAGCCUUCGACUUCCUCCUCCUCUUCCUCCUCCUCCUCCUCCUCCUCCUCCUUGUCCCUACAGACCUCCCUCUCGUCUCCACUGUCAGGGCCCCACAAAAAGAACUGUGUUUUGAAUGCCAGUUCCGCUCUGAACUCCUAUCAGGCGGUGCCCCCCUAUACCAGUCUGUCUGUGCACAGCUCCAACAAUGGGGUGAGCCCACUCAGUGCCAAGCUGGACCCCUCAGGACGGACCUCGCUGCCUGGCGGCCCCGUGGACAUAGUGAGACAGGUGGGCACGGUGGGCGGCAGCAGUGACUCCUGUCCUCUCUCUGUGCCCUCCCUCUCGCUCCACGCAGGGGACCUCUCUCUGGCCUCACACAAUGCUGUGUCUUCUCUGCCCCUCUCUUUUGACAAAUCAGAAGGAAAAAAGCGUAAGAACUCGAGUGCUAGUAACAAAGCCUGUAAAAUCACUAAAAUGCCUGGUAUGAAUAGCGUUCACAAAAAGAACCCGCCCAGCCUUCUUGCACCGGUGCCCGAUCCCGUUAACAGCACCUCCUCUCGGCAGGUUGGGAAAAAUAGCAGCCUAGCUUUGUCACAAUCCAGUCCUGCAAGCAUCCCCAGCCCAGGACACAGCCGACAGAAGAACACAAACAGAAUGGGCAGGAUAAGGACUCUUCCAUAACAAGACUGUGAAGCCACUUCCAAACCAGUUCCUGGUCAUGACCCACCCCAGGCGGCGGGAGGAGGGAGGGGAGUGGGCGCAGGGGAGUCUGUUUCCUGGGCCCUGCCUGUGCUCUGGCCUUUCUUCUUCUCUUUCUUCUUUUUUUCUUAAUUGACCAAUUUUUAGUUUUGAAGAAAAAGGCAAAAGAACAUGAACUUGAGAUUUACAGAAAACAAUACCAGUGUUUUCUUUUUUUUUUUUAUUUGCCAUGUUUGUACAUUCUUCCAAAUGUGGGGUCCGCCACCCCAGCUCCUGAUGCUACUACUGCACCAUCAUCUUGCUCAGGCCCUGAGGGCGGAGGUCGCAGAAUGUCAGUUCCAGGUCGACACUGUCUGAAGCUCUUGAACUUCCGCGCGUACAAAGCCCUUUUCCUUCCUUGUCUUCUCCUGCUCGUUCUCUUCCAUCCCCCACCUGCCGCUCAGUGGUCCCCCAUUGGCCAUCAGAGGUUGCUAGCUGUCCCCAGCUCCCCUGAGACAGCGUCCUGGGGAGAAGAGCAGAGGAUGGGUGGGGUGCGCUCAACAGGCUGUGGUAGGCCCCCUCGGCUGGAGCCAAAUGCUAGAGACCAAGUGGAGAACAGUGGCCAUUUAAUGAUGUGAUCUGCCUGACACAACUGACCGGUGGUGCGUGGGGCAGGGGCAGAGCGAUGUGGGAGGGUGGCAGGAAGCAGAGCAUGGGGGAUAAGGCCCCUUAAAGGAUGGUAGGAGUCAGGCGACUGUGAUGGCCUGCACUUAUCCGGAAUCCACUCUGCAGAAUCCCUUCCAAGGCGCAGUGAGUGUGCGAAUUCUGCUGGGUGGGCCAGAGCUGGAGAAAUCCCAGGGAAAAGGCCGUUCCCAGAGGAGCAGUAGUGAUCAGAGCUGCUGCCUGGGGAAAGCCUCUGGGAUGACUGGGUGUGGAACCCCUGGUGAGAAUAAAUACUAGCAUUGCCACACACCACAGAUGAGCUUGCGCUCCAUCCUCAGACGCCCAACGCAGACACCAGGGCUGAGGACGGGCCACCCCUGGUGAAGAAGACCCAUUUGGAAGAGCUGAACAACAGCCCGGAGUAGUGCCGCUGUAAAGCAAUUCACACUAGAGCUUUGAGAGAAAAGGCACGUAGCUCUGGUAGGGAAUCCAGUCAGGAACGGGGCUCACAGUGUGCAACGGGUGACAGAAUAGAUCGCAGAGGUACCACAAGGAUCUGCUCCACCCUGAACCCAGAAAUGAAUGCAUCUUUCACAGCUGGGCACCCACCUCAUCCCCACCCUGACUUCUCCUUUACUUUCCCGUCCCGCCAACCCAAAGAUCAGACUACUGUUAAGUUUCACGCGCUUGGAAUCCACAAAGACGGGAGGCAAAUGGAGCGAUCUGAAUCAAUGGAAAUGCACUGACAGUGUUUCUUAUAGGAUCACUAAAUUUUUUAAUAUAAAAUGAAGAUUUUUUUUUAAAUCAGGAGUUGAUAUUAAGUACCAGGACAUUAGUUCAGAUGAUUUCAUUUUUUAUUUCUACAGUGUUAAAAGUGCACUUAUAUGCUGGUUUAUUUAAAUCUUGGGGAAAAAAAGACUGCAAAUUAAAGGGAUGAUUGUUACUUUUUGUUUGUUUGCUUGUUUUUUAAAAGGUUAAGGCAGAUUUUAAGACUUACAAAUGUUUAAGAAAUUAUAAACAAGGUUAGACCCUUUGGAAAAAAGUUCAGAAGAUAUUCUUAAAGAAAAAUUUUAUAGUGUUAAUUUUGUAAUAAUUUAUGUUUUACUAUAUUACAGAGCUAACUGACCAGAAUAGUUUCAGAAACAAUAUGAAACUUAGGAAAGUUUAAGCAAUGUUUAUAUUUUUAAAAUGUUCUUUGAAUUAUGUUUUUAUUGUACAUUUCUUCAGACUGAAAAGUGUGUACAUAUCUUUGUUAUUUUUGCACAAUUUUUGUCUUGUUCGGUUUUAGAAGUCUAUUGUUUUUUAUAAUUUAUUUUGAGUUGUAAAACUUGCAGGAGUAAAAACAAACAAAAAAAAAUCUCAGCAACAAAAUGACCCUCUGAUUUAUAAACUCUUAAACUCGGAGAGGGGAAACAAAGGUUGAGAGAUUAAGUGGCUGCUUCUGAGAUAUAUUGUCUCGACAGGGACGGAGGAGCUACUCAACAGGUUUAAACAUUUUUGCGCUCUAGUCUCCAGUCGGAAGCUGGAAUAACAGAGGCUCCCCACCAAAUGCUGCUUACUUUCUCAAAAGACUGGCUCUGACCAAGGUGAGGAUACUUCUGGAAAACUGAGCAAAAAGGGAAAACCCACGGUAUUUCUUCCUUUGCAAUCAACCACAGGUUUACUUUAUAAUGAUGUAUUAAAAAAAAAAACUUGCAGCUUGAAAAAAUGGAAUGCAAAUAAAAGGUUUUCUUUGGGUUUGUUUUCACGGAGUUCAACUGGACCAGCCUAUCACGCAUUAUUAGGGUGAUCUUCAGUCCUUCGGUUCUGCACACCCCACUCGGUCUUUUCUCCCAGCCCCUCGACUGCACACACCCCCAUUUUCCUGAAGAUCUCCCGACUUGUCGCCAGCCAUAGAGGCGCGGGAAAGCUCUGGUUGUUAAGCAUAACGCAAUGCAUAGACCUGUCAGCCAUAAAAUUUAAAAAAAAAAAAGCGACUUGGAUUACUUGUAUGCCUUCUUUUGUAUCAAUGUACCAAUUGUAAAUAACGCUGAUCAAUCUUUGUAGAGAAUAGUUUAUACAGCAUAUUCUAUUAUUGCUGAUUCUCAGUGAACUCUUGUUUUAAAAAAAGGAAAAAAAGAAAUUUUCUAUUUACACCUUCUAUUUUGUUAUGCUGUCGGCCCAUGGCACUUUAACAAAACUCUGUGGGUUUUACAUAGCUGGUCAGUCAUGGGAUAUAUUAAAUAACUGUUGUUGCACAGACAAGAAUUUGCACCUGCUCAUUUGUCCUUUCCUACUACCGAUUUUAGAAUCUUUUCCAGAAGAAUUUUGAAGAAAGCAUGUCCAAUCAUUCUAAACAAAUGCCACACUUGUGAGUGGGUUUCUUUUCUACGAUCCAUAUUUUGUAACACUAUUUUCCUUCUUUGUCCCGUAUCCUUUAUGUCUUAGCACUAUCAGAUAGAAUCCAUUCCAUGCCUGUGAUAUUGUAAGCAGAAUAAAUGUCUGAAGUAGGUGUAAAUAGUAAAUUCUAUGGCUUACAGUUUUAAAAGGAAAGAACAAACGUGUAUCUAUUGAUACUGAGUGGUUCGCCACCAGGCCUGGAAAUAUUCUCCAGUGAGCGAUUGUAUUUUUUUUUUUGCUUUUUUUUUUUUUUGUA